UUUGAGGAUAAAUGGGCCUAACAUAUAUAGACGUCUGAAGCUCGCUCUCUUUACCGGAGAUUUCCCGAAGCAGAGGAAAUGGGUUUGCAAUGGUGUGUGAGCGGGACGACCUUACAAACCCUGAAGCUCGCUUCAAUUCCGACAUUGUCUUCUUCGCGCUUCGCACAGCCGAAAACCCUAACCCUAGACUUGUUCUUCCAUUCCCGCAUUGCCCGUGCUCGGAGGCCCCCAUUUCCAGUCCUCGCCAGAGCUCUCUCGGCCCCGGCCAUGGCCUUCCAGACCGCGACGCCUCCAGGGGAAAAGGUUGCGAAACCUCAGUGGAAAGCAGCGAUAGAUUUCAAGUGGAUAAGGGAGAACAAGGAUGCGAUUGCUGCCAACAUAAAGAACAGGAACUCCAUUGCUAAUUUGGAAGCUGUGCUUCAACUCUAUGACCAAAUGUCCAAUCUUCAAAAGGAAGUUGAGCGGCUUCGGGGAGAAAGGAAUGUGGUGGCAAACAAGAUGAAAGGGAAACUAGAACCAUCCGAGCGUCAGAGACUCAUAGAGGAAGGAAAGAAUCUGAAGGAAGGACUUGUUACCUUGGAAGAAGACCUGCUUAAACUUACUGACGAGCUUCAGCAGGAAGCGCAGUGUAUUCCAAAUAUAACUCAUCCUGAUGUUCCGAUUGGAGGAGAGGACUGUUCUGUGAUAAGAAAGACGGUUGGUAACCCACCCCAGUUUAGCUUCCCUGUCAAGGAUCACCUUCAACUGGGGAAGGAACUUGAUCUUUUUGAUUUCGAUGCUGCUGCUGAGGUCAGUGGAUCAAAAUUCUACUACCUGAAGAAUGAAGCAGUUAUGUUAGAAAUGGCCCUUAUUAAUUGGACACUCUCAGAAGUCAUGAAGAAGGGCUUCACACCUUUGACAACUCCAGAGAUCGUAAGGUCUUCUGUUGUUGAAAAAUGUGGUUUCCAACCUCGUGGAGCAAAUACCCAGGUUUAUUCUAUUGAAAAUAGUGACCAGUGCCUCAUUGGCACUGCAGAGAUUCCAGUGGGGGGAAUUCAUAUGGAUUCUAUGCUUGCUGAGUCAUUGUUACCGUUGAAGUAUGCGGCAUUUUCCCAUUGCUUCAGAACUGAAGCUGGUGCUGCAGGCACAGCAACAAGGGGGCUAUAUCGAGUCCACCAGUUCAGCAAGGUGGAGAUGUUUAUCUUUUGCCGACCAGAGGAGAGCGAAUCCUAUCAUGAGGAGCUGAUUAAAAUUGAAGAAGACCUCUUUGCAUCACUUGGACUGCACUAUAAAACUUUGGAUAUGGCAUCAGGGGAUUUAGGUGCACCUGCUUAUCGUAAAUUUGACGUGGAGGCAUGGAUGCCUGGUUUAGAACGAUUUGGCGAGAUAUCAAGUGCAUCAAAUUGUACAGACUAUCAAAGUCGACGACUGGGAAUCCGGUAUCGCCCAUCAGAACCGUCAUCGAAUAUCCCUAAAAGGGGUAAAGGAAACCUUGCUCCGCCAAAGUUUGUUCACACAUUAAAUGCGACUGCCUGUGCAGUGCCACGGAUGAUUGUUUGCUUGCUUGAGAAUUACCAGCAAGAAGACGGCUCUGUUAUUAUCCCUGAGCCAUUGAGGCCCUUCAUGGGUGGGCUUGGGAUUAUAGCUCCUAAAUCCGGAUAGGAUGAUGGAAAGGUUAUUUUUUGAUUCAUGUAUUGUAGUUGUAGGAUCGUCUUUUGCUGGUAACUUUUGCGAGUUAACAAAUGUAGCCAGUAAAAAGAGAAAAUAUAAAGUGACAAAAAGAAAAGAAAAGAAGAGAAUCCUCCUUUUCGGAA